UGGCUACCCGGAGUGCACGUAACGUUCCCUUAGCGGGAGUUUGGGAAGACCUCUAGCAGGUGCUGUUCACACGGAUGAGAGAUCUUAUAUGCCAAGCUUAUCAGUAUUUGAAUAGACCACAUCAUGCGUGAGUACAAGCUAGUGGUCCUUGGCUCAGGUGGUGUAGGCAAGUCUGCUCUGACUGUGCAGUUUGUUCAGGGAAUUUUUGUUGAAAAAUAUGACCCCACAAUAGAAGACUCUUACAGAAAGCAAGUGGAAGUAGACUGCCAACAAUGUAUGCUUGAAAUCCUCGAUACAGCAGGGACAGAGCAAUUUACCGCAAUGAGGGAUCUGUAUAUGAAGAAUGGUCAAGGAUUUGCACUAGUUUAUUCUAUUACAGCACAGUCCACGUUCAAUGACUUACAGGACCUGAGGGAACAGAUCUUACGGGUCAAGGACACUGAAGAUGUUCCCAUGAUUCUGGUUGGCAAUAAAUGUGAUCUGGAAGAUGAACGAGUAGUUGGCAAAGAACAGGGACAGAAUUUAGCAAGACAGUGGUGUAACUGUGCCUUUCUAGAAUCAUCUGCAAAGUCUAAAAUCAAUGUUAACGAGAUCUUUUAUGAUCUUGUCAGACAGAUAAAUAGAAAAACACCAGUGGAAAAGAAGAAGCCUAAAAAGAAGUCAUGUCUGCUGCUUUAGACCCACAGCAUGCAGCAGCUCUGAGCCAGGAUCACAGGAAUGAAGAACUGUUGCCUAAUUUGGAAAGUGCCAGCAUUCCAGAAAUUCAAAAAAGCUACACCACAAAUUGACAUCAUAUCUGAAGAGGCUUCUGUUUUUAUAUAUUAUGUGAAGAAUUUAGAUCUUACAAUGGUUUGCACAAAGGUCCCUGAGGAAAAAAAAUGAAAAUAAAAUUGCUCUGUGUAUAUCUCUUGGAAUUAAAGACAAUAGUACUUCUCUUUUGCAAUAGCAGUUAACAAAUGUGAUAAUAAAUAUAAUUGAUUCUAGUUGUAUGAUUAUACAAGAGCAUGGAUGCAUUUCAAAUGUUAGGUAUUGCUACUAUAAUUUCAUAUUGACCUCUUCCCAUAGUCCCGUGCCCAUCAAGCACUAAAAAUGAUCAGUCAUUAAUACUUGAUAAUCUAUCAUGAUAGAUACAACUAUACAAAUUUUACUGUUCAUACUCACUGCAGCGAUAACUUUCCAAGUCAUUGACUUCAUUUUAUAUUUAAAAAGUUAUGGACUAUCAUUAUUUUCAUUCUGCCCUAUAUUCUAAUUAAAAUUGUGCAUUAUGCUUUGGAAAAAAAUGGGUCUUUUAUAGGAAAAUAAACUGGGAUAACUGAUUUCUAUGGCUUUGAAAGCUAAAAUAUAUAAUAUACUAAACCAAUUCUAAUACUGCUUCUUGUGUUUUACUGUCACAGAUUAAAUUACAGCUUUUAUGAUUGAUUAAAUUUUAGUACAUUUCCACUUUGUGUGUUUCUCUUUUAGGUUGCAGAUCACGGCUUUUAACUGAAACGGUGAAAAACAUUUGUAACAGUAAAUACAAAUACACUAGUAACUCCCAGCUGGGUUGUACAAGAAAGUCCCCAAUGGGGACCCCAUGGCUGAAGAGAUCUGGUGGUGAUUUUUCUUAGCCAGUUUAAGUAAAUUUGUGAUGCGCAGGCAGAAGUGAUUUGAAAUUUCAGUUAAGAGUUUAUGUAUAAAUAAACAAUUCAUUAAAGAAUGCCCACCAUUGUAUUAGACAAACACAGUAAGUAAGAUGUAAUAGUUGAUUCACUAGAUAUGAUGCACCAGUAGAUUAUAAUUAUGAAUGUAAGUGCCUUUUCAGUUUAAUUCUGGAAACUAGUACUAAUCUGUUCUCUAGUUUGCUUAUAUGUUGGACCCUAUAAUACAAAUCUGUUGAAAAACAAACUUUGGUUUGGAGCAAUGGCUAUAAAUGUAGUGGAAGUGGGAGGAACAUUUAACACCAUCAGACUUACAUUUUUGCCUUCAGUUCAGGUUUGCAUGUGUCCCCAGGAAUGAGGGUUGUAUUUAAUGUUGUAAUAAAUAGUGUUCAUCUGCCACCUAGUGGACAUAAAAAUACAGUAAGCUUUUCCCCAUUAGAGAAACUUUGAUCAUAAUAUUGAAAUAUAUUAGUAAUUCAUUGAAAUGUUCUAAAUAUUUCCUAUUAUUGUCAGAGAGGGGUAGAAGUUCUAGUUUCUGACCAGGAAUUUAGUAAUUUAAUAAGAACGCUAAUUCAGUAAAAUAAUGGCUUUUCUAAUCACAUCUCCUAUUUGGUGUUGCAAUAGUACAGUCACCUAAUUGCUAAGAUGCCAAGCCACCAGGCACUAAUGGAUAGAAACAUGGUACAGAUAACAAAUGUGGUAUAUUAUCACUAAUUAUCUAUUGUGUAGCUCCUCUCUUUCCUCUGCUAAGCCUAUCUAGGCCCACACAACACUUAUAAAAAAGGGUCAGUCAUGGCCACCAUCUCAACAUUUCUGAACUUCCUGCAGAAGCCCCUGAUGUCAGCUCACUUUACUUCUCAGUAAAGUAAGGCAGAAAAGUUGGAUGUAGCAGACAAAGGUUACCCAGAAAGCUUGCUCCCUAGGAGGCCCCUUUCACAGGCAAAUUUCAUCAGUGGUUCCCAAGCUUCUCCAUUAUAUCAGCAGUGAAAGCUUUUGUGGACCAACACAUCAGCCAAAGGUUGGCAAUAUAGUGCCUGUCAGCACUGCAGUACGUAUCAGCUCUUCUUCUCUUGAUAUCUUCAGGGCCUUGGCAUUCAAUAAAAAAUAUUUUUUUAAAAAAAGUCCAAGCUUUUUCCAGACCACCAGAUCAGAUGAGAUGAUUUCCCCAGUAGUUGUGAGUGAAAAUGCCAACAACUUAUGAGGUCUAGUGAUGUUGAUUUCAUCCAUUUUAAUUUCUUUUUUAUUGUGGCACCCAGGACACAGAUAACUUGCAAUAUCCUCACAGAUCCAAGUUGCCUUUGGAGGUCUAUGUUCUUUUCUUUUUUUAUCACUGAACUGCUUUUAGCUGUCACUGAAAGCAGCAAGAGUUCCAGGGUCCGCCUGACACUCUCUUCCUCCUUUCCGGGUCCAUCGGGACCCGGAGUGCAGGCAGUUCUAAGUUUGGCUUUGAGGCUGCUUGCCUCCCAGAGCUACUCACCUGGGUGAGCUUGGGUGAAGGGAGGCAAAAGAGAGACUUAGGGGUCAGCAAGUAUGCAAUCAAAUAAAGAAGAAUGACAUCGUGCAGCCUGUAAAACAAGCUCCAAACGACACAAUUCUUGGUUUAAACAAGCCAUUUCAUAAAUUGCCAACAACUUGGUUUCAAAUAGAGGCUGGUUUGUGGGAAAUGUGUACAAAGUCAAUCCCCACCCCCAAAAAAGUUUAGCUUUUUGCGUGACCCAAAGUAAUGUAUGUAAAUGAGAUUAGAGAGAUCCAGAGGGAGAAAGAGAAGUGUACAUGUUCCUUGAAGAUGAUUUUAAGAGAUGGUUGACAGUGUGUGAUGUAAGAGAUGUUACACGUACUUUCCUCCUAUUCAGGGACGUUGUUUUAAAAAUUAUUUAGAAGUGAUCUGAGGAGCAUUAGAUGUUCCACUGUGAAGCAGAUACUUUGUUGGAGCAAGAAACGGGGGGCUGAAAUGAGUAUGCUUGUAUCUAGUCUCACUUGUUUGGAUGGAUUUUUUUUUUCUUAAUUUUUGUGAUUUUGCCAACGUCUGGCAGCCACUACAUCUUCUCAAGAAUCCAUAGGCCUCCAAAGUUUGGAGACUCCCUAAUAUUAUCCUUACCCCAGUAGAUUUCCCUGGGCAGUUGAAGUGGAGUUUUCAUCUUUACUUUGACACAACUCUGUGUUGCACAGUGGAGAACGUUUUCAUUAACUGGAAAGGUAGAAUGAAAUACACAUGAAUUUUUUCCAUUUAAACAAACAUUUUGAGCUCAUCUCAGAGCAAAUUGGGCUUUGUAGUAACUACUGAUAACUGUUGUCAAUGUCUUAUACAUCUCAGGACUAGGUGAAACGAGUAGAGUGGGAAGGUUCACUUAAUAGCCCUCAGUGAACUGAAGAAUAGGCAAGUUUUGUUCUUAAUGUCUUUGUUGUAUACGCAUAUUUCUUUCCCAGUGGGCAAUAAAGCAGCCUACAGAAAU